AUGGAAUACGAAAUUGACCAGGAGAGCCUUGAUCUGAUUAUUGAGCUCCAAUUGCAGGAUGCUCAAAAUCUCAUCAAGGGCAAGUAUCGCGAAGGCGAAGCUCCCGACUUCGAGCUGGCGCUUGAGUACUUCAAUGAGGAGCUCGAAUCCCUUCACACCUUGCUUCAUGACCGAGCCAUGACUCGCAGUGUGGCUCGUGCAGUAGUCAGUGAUGCCGACAUCAUCAGACAGCUCGUCAGCUUAGAGGAGCAAGAAGCUCGCGACAGGGAGCUUGCGCUGAACGGCUUCAAUGCGGAUGGCGUCCAUGAGGAUGAGUUCCCUCAACGUCGGGAGUCGAUUGAGAUGGAUCCUCUGGAGCAAAUCAUGUCCGAUGAGAUGACGGAUAAGCUUAUUGUCUUGUUCAAUGGCGGCGACGAGCCCUCGUCUGUUGCUGAGUCGUCCAAAAGGGGCAGCCAGGCACGACCCUCAGCCAAAACCGGGCAGCGGCGUCGCUGUAUUGUCUGUAGCGAAGAAUUCCCAUUCGUGGAUACGCUGCGAUGCCCUUGCUCUCAUGACUAUUGUCGAGGAUGUCUCUCAGACUACAUUAGCAGAGCAGUUGAGGACGAGUCUAUAUUCCCCCCUCGAUGCUGCGGCCAGCCUAUCCCAAUCGACGGCGUCAAUCGGAUUUUCAUACCGGCACACUUGAUCGGCAAGUAUCGAGCCAAGGAGCUCGAGUUCAAUUCAGAAAACAGAACGUACUGCCACAUUCCAACUUGCUCGGCAUUUAUUCCCUCGCAGUUCAUCAAAGACGAAGUGGCCACAUGCAUCAAAUGCCGGAGCAAGACGUGUGUGAUUUGCAAAGACGCAACGCAUGCAGGAGACUGUCCCAAAGAUACAGCAACGGCCAACGUUCUCCGGGUCGCAGCAGAUAACGGCUGGAAAAGGUGCUACAGUUGUCGUCGAGUUGUGUCGCUGUCGCACGGGUGUAAUCACAUAUAUUGUCACUGCAAAGCUCAGUUCUGUUACACGUGUGGGAAAAAAUGGAAAACGUGUGGUUGCGAGCUGUGGAGUGAGGAUAUGCUGGUUGCUCGAAAUGCUGCUGGGCACCGAGCUGUGGCCGCAGCUCCUCGGCCUGCACAUCAGGGCUGGGGACUUUGA